GGGAGUGGGUAUUUUAUAAGACAGUUUCAGAAGCCAGCAUCCGACAGAGGUCGGCAAAAAUCUCAGAGCCUGAUUCUUUCUUUCUUUUCCGAAAGGGCAGCAAAUUUGUGUGCCGUUUAAAUUUUUUUUUUAAGUUUUUUUUUUUUUUUUUUUAAUUUGAGAGAUCAAUUACUAGUUCACUAGCAAUUAUUUUGCUGCAUCGGCUGUUGGACAAGCGAACGGGCUAGCUGCACAUCCCGGGGCUGGAUUUGCUCUAUGUCUGUGUGGGAUUCUCAAAGGGCAUGCGACCCAGAAGUCUCGAGCCAAUGAAAAGUGGGGACUGCAGACAGAAAUGCAUGAUACUCACUGUGACCAUUCUGGCUCUCUGUCUUCCGAGUCCUGGGAAUGCACAGCAACAAUGCACUAACGGCUUUGACCUGGACCGCUCGUCAGGACAGUGUUUAGACAUUGAUGAGUGCCGGACCAUCCCCGAGGCCUGCCGAGGAGACAUGAUGUGUGUUAACCAAAACGGCGGGUAUUUAUGCAUCCCCCGAACAAACCCAGUGUAUCGAGGGCCCUACUCCAACCCCUACUCCAACCCCUACUCAGGUCCGUACCCAGCAGCUGCACCCCCGCUGUCAGCUCCAAACUACCCCACGAUUUCGAGACCUCUCAUGUGUCGCCUUGGAUACCAGAUGGAUGAAGGCAACCAGUGUGUAGAUGUGGACGAGUGUGCAACGGAUUCCCACCAGUGCAACCCUACCCAGAUUUGCAUCAACACAGAAGGAGGGUAUACCUGCUCCUGCACUGACGGCUACUGGCUGCUCGAAGGCCAGUGCUUAGACAUUGAUGAAUGUCGCUAUGGCUAUUGCCAGCAGCUGUGUGCGAAUGUUCCUGGAUCUUAUUCCUGUACAUGCAACCCUGGUUUCACCCUCAACGAGGAUGGAAGGUCUUGCCAAGACGUGAACGAGUGUACAACUGAGAACCCCUGCAUGCAGACCUGCGUCAACACCUAUGGCUCUUUCAUCUGCCGCUGCGACCCGGGAUAUGAACUUGAGGAUGAUGGAGUUCAUUGCAGUGAUAUGGACGAGUGCAGCUUCUCUGAGUUCCUGUGCCAACAUGAGUGUGUGAACCAGCCUGGCACAUACUUCUGCUCCUGCCCAGCUGGCUACAUCCUGCUGGAUGACAACCGAAGCUGCCAGGACAUCAACGAGUGUGAGCACAGAAACCACACGUGCAUCCUGCAGCAGACUUGCUACAACUUGCAAGGGGGCUUCAAGUGCAUUGACCCCAUCCGCUGCGAGGAGCCUUAUCUGCGGAUCAGCGAUAACCGCUGUAUGUGUCCCGCUGAGAAUCCUGGCUGCAGAGACCAGCCCUUCACCAUCUUGUACCGGGAUAUGGACGUGGUGUCUGGACGCUCUGUUCCUGCUGAUAUCUUCCAAAUGCAAGCAACGACCCGCUACCCUGGGGCUUAUUACAUUUUCCAGAUCAAGUCUGGGAAUGAGGGCAGAGAAUUCUAUAUGCGGCAAACAGGCCCCAUCAGUGCCACCCUGGUGAUGACACGCCCCAUCAAAGGGCCCCGGGACGUACAGCUGGACUUGGAAAUGAUCACUGUCAACACCGUCAUCAACUUCAGAGGCAGCUCCGUGAUCCGACUGCGGAUAUACGUGUCUCAGUACCCAUUCUGAGCCCUGGGCUGGAGCCUCUGACACUGCCUCUCAACAGCACCAAGGGACAGGAGAAGCGAAGAAACCAGAGAGAGAAUGAGAGCGAGAAAGACGUGACGCCCUUCCUGCUGAAUGUCUCCUGGGGAGUCAGCCCCGAGUCCCGACCACGCCUGUAUUAUUAUAAACCCCCGUCACUUUGAAGGACAUGCUUCCCCAGUUGCUAUGACACAGUUAUCAAAAAGCUUUAUCAUUGGCACCCUAACCUGAGAUCGACGGUGAUUUUUCAAGGCCUUCAGUUUAUUUCCCUAUUUUUCAAAGAAAAUAGAUUAGGUUGGCUGGGGUCUGAGUCCACGUUCAAAAACUGUGAACCGCUUCCUCUCACCUCCUCCAGGCCUUCUUUCUAUCUCUCGCUGAUUGCUUCUUUGCCGAGGCCCAGAAUGCUCCUGGGGGUGCUGGGUGUAGCUAGCUUGCGUCUUGCAUGUACAGAGAAGGCUAUGGAAAGAAACCACAGCAGGAUCUAAGGGUUUUUAAAGAGUCUAUUUCAAAGCCAUGUCUGGUAUUUUCAGCCAUAAAAGAAGUUUUAGUUGUCCUUAAAUCUGUAUAACUGUUUAAUCUUUUCUUGUUCAUUUGAGUAUUUUUUUUUUAAUCUGCGGUAGAAUUCCUUCAAAAGACCUUAAGGCACAUGUUAUGUUCUGUCUUCCCAAACCCAGUCUCCUCUCCAUUUUAGCCCAGCGUUUUCUUUGAGGACCCCUUCAUCAUGCUUUUUUAAGAAUUUUUACACAACUGGGUUGGAAGGCAGAGGUCUCCAAACUGAUUAAAUAUUUGAAGAGA